AUGGGGGGUCAUUAUGCUUCACCAUUCGAAACUACCUAUUGUUGUUCUGAAUAUGUGAUUUUAUUUGCACCUGUUUCUGUUUACUUUAUUAAGGUGCUAAUGGGUAUUCUUACCCGAGUUAAUGCUGUUGCCUUCGUUGAGGAUGUCCCGAUAGACAUGGCCGAAUGGGAGAAAGUGCAUUUCGAGUCUUCCUACGUGGAUGAAAAGUAUGCCAUGGUGUCGACCAACUGUUUUACUGCCGCAGGUCUCUACUUGAUUGUGCUAAUCUUCGCCGCCUCUCAGUUCCACCUAAAUCGGCGUCAAGGCCGUGUGUCCCUUUAA